UUAUCCCAGAUUCAAGAGUUCAUGCCUGAUUCGUUUGUUAUUCGAAAGAGUCGGAUCAGAACAUCAGAAUAAAGCUCGGAACAGUAAAGGUCACGUUACAAAGUCAGGAUCCUCAGAGCGAUAACUUGGGGUGUUGUGCUCUGUAAUCUUCCAGCAGAUAGCCAGCCACAGAACAAAGUCCAGGAUUGGUCAAUGCCUUCCUGAACGCUUGGUCAGGUCAGUGUGAGAGGGACAGACAUGCUGCUCUGUCCGUUUAAUCACAAGGUUCUGAACAGAAGAACAGAACUGACAUUCUCUCUGGAAAAACAGGAUUGAUUUCUUGCCUGGGUCCCCUCGCCUCUUCUCUCUCUCAGUUGGAAGUCUAUUCGGUUGGUUCAUGUUGUGAUAUUGCAUGGACAAGGGAUGAAAUAAACAAAUAAACAAUAGGAGCCUUUGGAAUAUGAAUAUUUGAGAUAAAAAUAAAUCAACAUGUCUGGACAUCAAACUCUAUAUUGGAGUAGCGAGGAACUUGUGUCUUCAUGUCUCCAGGACCUCCAUUAGAGGGGGUGAUGGACCAACUCACACCCCUCCUGACCCCUCCCCCAGGCAGCAGGACAGGGGGGCCUGACCCCUGGGACACGGUCAGGACCACACUCGUCUCAGAACGUCCCAGGUGGAGGAGGUGUGUCUCAGCCCUCAGGCGGUUCUCCUCCAGUCCUGUGGGGAAGCCCCUGCUCCCUGCCCUGGGCAUCAUCGCCAUCCUGGUGGUGACCGUCCUCUACAUCCUGGCUGACAAGCUGCGCUGCUUCGUGGCUAACAUCUUCGUACCACAGUAUCACUACCCAUAUGCUGCGCCACUCUGCUUCGCCCAGGUGUUGGUGAGCCUGCUAGCCUUGCAGCUCCUCCACACCCUGGGCCUGGUCCCCCUCAAGCCUUACUCCCUGUCUCUGGGCGAGAGGCUCCUGGUGCCCUCCAUCUGCGACAGUGUCCAGGCCGUGCUAAGCAUGUGGGCCCAGGCCGAGAGCAGCCACUCGGGCCUGUACCCCCUGACCAUUAGGCUGCUGCCCCUGCUGAGCGUGGGCUGGUGCCACGCCCUGGGACUGGCAGGGUCGCCGCCGCUCCACGUCACGGGCCUGGUCACCGUAGUGACCGUCACCUCCGUCACCAUCACAGCGUCGCUGGGCCUGUCGAGGGUGGAGCCCCUGGAGGGUGUGUACGCUCCUCUGGCCCUCCUCCUCCACAGCCUGUCUCUGGCCUGGAUGGCCAAGGCUGCAGAGGUGGAGUUACGGCGACCCGGCUCCCGCGUCUCCACCUUUGACCUGUAUUUCACCCUGCUGGUGAACCAGAGCCUGAUCCUGGGCUUCCUGUGUCUGUUGCACCCCAAAGGCCCCCAGGCACUGGGCGGGGCCAGUUGGCACAGCCUGCUCUUCAUUGGCUAUCUUUUGGCCAUCCUGCUCCUUGGGAUGGUUCAGCACUUCCUGGUGGACGUGACGGCGCUUCGCUUGUCGCCGUUGGUCGCGGCUCUCAUACACACGGCUCGGACCUUAGUGCAGCCGUUUUAUAGGUUCUAG